AUGUCCUCUUCAGGUGAGGGAUCAUCACAAUGGAUAGAGCCCACCAAGAAUGAUAAACCUCCAAAGGAUGCUGACCUCGCCGAAGCCUGGGCAUUCCUCGGUCAAGGGGUGGAACAUAUCAUGACUCGACUCAAUACAGGAAUGUCAUAUUCUUACUACAUCCUCCUCUACACCACCAUUUACGACUUUUGCACUCAACAUCGACCUUUUGGUGCUCAUGAUAAUUACAUUCGGGCUUUUGGUUCUCCCAGAUCAGGAGCGAGUUUACAAGGGGCGGAUUUAUACAGGAGUCUGAAUACUUAUCUUCUGGAACAUAGCAAGAAGAUGCGUCAGGAAACAGAAAAGCUUUCGGACAUUGACCUUCUCAAAGCUUACGCUAAACGAUGGGAGCAGUACACUCAAGGGGCGACAUAUGUGAACAAGCUCUUUAAUUACCUCAACAAACACUGGGUGAAGAGAGAAAAGGAUGAAGGGAGAAAGGAAGUUUACACAGUAUACACUCUCGCCCUAGUCUCAUGGAAGGCCAACUUUUUCAAACAUCUACAAGCGGAUCACAACAAACCUAGUCGGCUGACCCAGGCGUUAUUGAGACAGAUCGAACUUCAUCGGAAUGGCGAAGCUGUGGAUUCUUCUCUCCUGAAACGUGUCAUAGAUAUGUCUCUGGGACUAGACGAAGCGGAUGCUCAACGACAAAAUCUCGACGUGUACAAAUCUUGUUUCCAAACUUUCUUCCUCCAGGCGACUGAUGCCUUUUACAAAGCAGAGUCUGAGGAAUACAUCAGUGUAAACUCAGUAUCAGAUUACAUGAAGAAGGCUGAGAGCCGACUGCAAGAGGAGAUGGACAGGGUGACACUGUACUUGCAUGACCAUACGAGAUCAGAACUCAAGGCCGUUUGCGAGAGGGUGUUGAUAGCCGACUACAGAACGAUCAUGACGAAGGAAUUCCAGGUGCUAUUGGACAAUGACCGGAUCAGUGAUCUUGCGAGAAUGUAUAACCUUUUGAUGCGCAUAACGGGCGGUCUUGAACCAUUGAGAAGAUUGUUUGAGGAACAUGUCAAGAAAGCUGGUCUGGCAGCGGUACAAAGAAUAUUACCCGCUCCUGGAGCUUCCACAGAGACUGGUAGAGCGGAAGCUCUGGAUCCAAGAGCAUAUAUCGAAGCUUUACUGGAAGUGCAUUCGAAAUACGAUGACGUGGUCAAUGGUCCCUUCAAAGCUGAAAUCGGUUUCAAUGGGAGUCUUGACAGGGCCUGUAGGGAGUUUGUCAACACCAACGCUGCCGCUACAACACCUACGAAAUCCCCUGAGCUUCUGGCAAGCUACUGCGAUUUACUGCUGAAGAAGAGUAACAAAGAUCUUGAUGCGGAUGCGCUCGAACAACAGUUGAGCAAAGCUAUGCUCAUCUUCCGAUUCAUCGAUGAUAAAGAUGUGUACCAGAAGUUUUACCAGAAGAAGUUGUGUGCCCGUCUUGUCAAUGGUCUGUCAACAUCGGACGACAGUGAGAGUAGUAUGAUCAAUAAACUCAAAGAGUUAUCAGGGUACGACUACACUCAGAAGCUGACAAAGAUGUUCACCGAUGUCAACCUGAGUCGAGAUUUAACGGAAAAGUUCAGAGAUCGGUGUAAAUCUGAUUUGGACAUGGACGUCAGCAUGUUGGUUUUAGGAACAAACUCUUGGCCUAUGGUACCUCAGCAAACUGAUUUCGCCGUUCCUCGUGAGGUGCAGGAUGUGUAUGAUAGGUUUAAUAAAUUCCACAGUGAUGUUCAUUCAGGACGAAAACUCACUUGGUUAUGGCACGUAUCGAAGAACGAACUCAAAACGACUUAUUUACCUCAACGAUAUAUCUUCAUGACAUCCUCCUACCAAAUGGCCAUUUUGACUCAAUUCAACGAGAGUGAUAGUAUCACAUAUAACGAUAUUCUGUUGAACACGAAAUUGGCAGAAGGGAUUUUGAAACCUCAAUUGAGUUUGUUAGUGAAAGCUAAGGUGUUGUUACAUGAUGAGACGACGAAUUUGUAUGAUUUGAAUCUGAACUUCAAAUCGAAAAAGAUCCGCGUACAAUUAAACCAACCUGUUCGAGCGGAACAAAAAGCAGAAACGACCGAUGUGUUGCAUCAGGUGGAUGAGGAUAGGAAGUUCGUAUAUCAAGCUACGAUAGUUAGGUUGAUGAAGGCUCGAAAGACAAUGAAACAUCAAGCUUUGAUACAAGAAGUGACUUCUCUUAUCUCGACAAAGUUCACACCCAAAGUCCCAGAGAUAAAGAAAGCUAUCGACCAUUUAAUCGACAAAGAAUAUCUCGAACGAUCAGCAGAGUCCAACGAUACAUAUCAAUACCUUGCUUGAUACCUGUCCUUGAAGUUAGCCAGUCCCUCAAAUGAACCUCUUAAUCGACACUGAGACGCCCAGUGCAUGUCACUCGUCACGUUAAGACACUGGCAUGCAGAUGAAGUGUGCAUAAUGGAAUGUAUCACGAAGUAUAUUCUUUGACACUUUCAUCUCCGUUUAUGUAUCAAGUUCUUAAUUUGACAAAUGUGAUUCUAAUCAAAUGCUAGAUGCAUGCAAGGGAUUACAUGUCCCCUCACUAU